UCCAGCUAUCCCCAAUACGAACAAAUCAAUGGGGGCGAAACUUGAAAAUGAAGCUGCAUCGUCGCUUUGUCUCUACUCUUGGUACUGGUACGACACAAGGACGAAGCAACAAGUCAGAGCGCGAGGCCGUGGACGUGUGCGCUAGUCGGGCGGGAUACGGUCGCUAGCAGCCAUGGCAUCAUCGAGUGCUGCUCUCGCCGUCCUGAUGCUCAGCUGGGCGGCGGCUCUCGCGGCCGCGUCGUCGCCGGUGACGUUGUUCGAAGCCGGCUACAUGCCGCUGUUCGGCGGCGGCAACCUAGUACCGUCGCCCGGCGGCCGCUCCGUCCGCCUCAAACUUGACCGCCACACCGGCUCCGGGUUCGUGUCCCGAUCGUCUUACCACCAUGGAUUCUUCAGCGCUUCCAUCAAGCUGCCCGACCAUCACACCGCCGGUGUCGUCGUCGCCUUCUACCUGUCGAACGCGGACGUGUUCCCUGGCAACCACGACGAGGUGGACUUCGAGCUGCUGGGCAACCGGCGGGGCCACGAGUGGCGCGUCCAGACCAACAUCUACGGCAACGGCAGCACCUCCCGCGGGCGCGAGGAGCGGUACCUCCUCCCCUUCGACCCCACCCUCCGGCCGCACGCCUACGCCGUGGCCUGGACCCCCACGGCCAUCCUCUUCUACGUGGAUGGGACGCCCAUCCGCGAGGUGGUCCGCGUGCCGGCCAUGGGCGGCGACUUCCCGUCCAAGCCCAUGUCCGUGUACGCCACCAUCUGGGACGGCUCCGCCUGGGCCACCGAGGGCGGGCGGUACAAGGUCGACUACGCCUUCGCGCCCUUCGCCGCCGACUUCUCGUCGCUCGUCCUGAGCGGCUGCCCCGUCGCCGGCGGCGGCGACGACCUCGCGGCCGCCGAGUGCCAGGUGGCCACGAUGACGGCGGACUGCGCCGUCAUGACCCCCGCCAAGCGCGCCGCCAUGCGCCGCUUCCGCCGCCGGUACCUCCUCUACACGGUGUGCCACGACAUGUACCGCUACAACGGCACCGUCUUCCCCGAGUGCGACGCCGACGGCUCGGAACGCGACGACUUCCACAAGUGGGGCGAGUCCAAGCGCGUGUCUCCCAGCAGCCGCGGGUACAAGCAGCAGCAGCAGCGCGCGGACAAGGCCGUCGCCGUUGCCGCGCCUGGCCGGCCCGACACGUGGCCGACCGUAGGGACAUUACGUGUCGACUAAUAAUGAUAUGUUACGGUUAUUAGGAGAUUGAUGGAUUUAUAUUAGUGGACAAAUACAAACAAGCAUAGCUGGCUGAACCGCUGAAGUACAUGGUACUGCUGCAAUGGACACACAUUACACAUAGAUAUAGAUUCCAUAUACAUAUGUAGUGUACACUUAACUCUUUUCAGUCUGAUAAUAUAUAUACUCCAACUUAUAGUUUGA